AUGGUACUAGAUGGAGAAAACCGUGUUAUGCUUUCAUACCAGCAUGGUAGUAUAACUGCCGUUAAAGCAGUUUACAAUAUGUUAAUGGCAGCGAAUAUUCCUGUUUGGUUCGAUAAGCAAGACUUGAAAGGCGAUAUAUACGACGGGAACUAUCCACAUGGAAAACAGUACUCACCAAUUGACGUUGUGAAGGAAGAACAUUUGCCUUUUAGUGAUGUAUCAGAGGAAGAACAAUCUCUCUUCAAAGAAUAUUCUGAUAAAGGUCAGAUUCUAUGGGUACUAGAUGGUUAUGAUGAAUUUUUUCAGAAUAUGCCAGAACAUCUACAGAAGGUCUUUGACCAUAUACGCGAGACACAACAUCAUAUCUUAACAUCACGUCCUUAUGCCAUUGCAUUACUAUAUGAUGUUAAAUUGGAAAUAACUGGAUUCACAAAUGAUAAUAUUACCGAAUAUGUCGAAGAUUUCUUCGAUCAGAUUAAAGACGAAACAUCGAUAGCAUCACCUGAAGGCAACAAGCUUCUAAGAUACUUAGAAUCGCACCCAAUAUUUGAGGUAUUCCCGUGA